AUGGUGGCCUCGCGUGCUCUCGCGACCCUCUGCCUCCUGGCCUGCUCGUGCGGCGGAGCCCUUGGAUUUCGGCCGCAAGCCGGGACGAUUGGAAGAUCGCGAUGGACGGGGGAUCAUGACGUUGUCUGUGAGACUUCUGCCAAGACAUCUGCGUCGGCGGCGUUGUGGCCGAGCAGCAGCAGGAGCACACGACGCGCAGCGAGAGGUCUAACGAUGCAGCAAACGGACGAGGAGGCUAGAAGAACCAAGCUGCGGCUCCGGGUGGAGGCGGAGUCACCAUUCCGCAAGGUUCGCAUCUUCCUGUUCAGCUCGUUCGUGUUGUCCGCAACAGUGGGCCUUUUGGUUGCCGGCACCCGGACCAUCGCUCUCACGCAGGGCAUUGACCAGGGCCAAAGCAUGACUGAGCUGCUGACGAACGUCGCCGUCGACGUUACUGCGAUCGUGGUAUGUGUGGGUCUGGUGAAGCGAGACCUCGACGCGCAGGAGGGGCGCAUGGCGAGGAUGGAGAUAGGCGCUAAGCUCGCAGGGCUCAAGGUCCGACUACAGACGAAAGACGACCUGUCUACGGUCACGCUGUCGGCGCUGAGGCGCGACCGCGGCAGGGACAAGCGAGUGGCCGUUCUCGUCGGCGGCGCUGAAGCCGUCCAGUCGUCCCUGGAGUCCGCCCUGCCAUACGGAGCGGCUCUCGAGACGAGCGAUAUCUUGAUCGUGCCGCUGGUUCUGGAGUCGAGGCCCGGCAUGACCGGCGGCGGGGCCGACAUGUUCAGGGCGUCGGGGGCGGAGAGCGACCUCGAGUCGGCGGUCGGAAGCGCUCACGUCGCGUUGCCGGUGGCCCUUAACCGUUGGCAGGAGUACAUCGACAGCGAGGUGGAGACGGCCUUGUCGCAAGGGAUCGACCCUCUGAAGGAGGGAUUCUCGCUGAUCCUCAAGAAAAACGGCCGCAUCGGAGCGCGAUCCAAGGGCUGUCCUUCAUGGGGCACCCUCGUGGGCGACGUGGUACGACGGAAAGAGGCCGGAAUGGACACAACCAACAUCUAAGCCCAGGGAACACGAGGUUGCGGCGUUCUUGGUCGCUAAAUUUGGCUCUUGAAGAGAGUUUGCCUAGACUCGAUGUCGGACCUCGCAGCAGACAUGUGCCUCGGCGGGGGGGAGGGUGGUUGGGCGGCUUGUACCGAAAUACAACACCGAGAGUGUGUGCCGCGGAAAAAAUGAUUUUGCGUGUUUCACCGUCAGGUGCCCGGGUGCGCUUGGGAAGGGGAGCGGGGGGCAGGGCUCGGAGGUCGCCGCGGCCUGAACAGAGGGCGGUUGGUGUGCAGGGGUGCACCGAUGGCCUCUCUUGUGUAUAGACGGGAGGACGGGGAUUUAGUAGUUAUGUUGAGUGAUUGUUAACGCCACCGCGCUACAACAUCGUUAUCGCUCCGGCGUAUCAUGCGUGGUGUCUUGGAGCUCAUAGAGCGAGAGCCAAAUUUCAGUCUUGUGUGCAUGCCCACACGUUCGUGCGGUAACCGGUCGUGCGAUGUCUUGGUGCUGGACGUCGGUUAGAGGCGGCUCGUCUCUGAACGAUUGAUCGUUUGAGGAACCUCAGAUGUGCAAGAAGGAAGCUGCGUCCAAUGCGACCGAUGCCGGUGCCAACGCCUAGUGUACAAAUAAUUUCCUCUCCGACCUCCAGUGUACGCUUCAUGAUUGCACACAUGUUGUUGGCUCCCGCGACAUCAGAAGAAGCGUUUUGCUGCACUUCGCCCACACUAGUUGAAGGGCCAACGGCUGAAAACUGCUUUGUUAGCGGUCGCGACGGGUUGGAUGAUUGGUUGGUUGGUUUGUCAAAAUUUCAACAAUCACAUCGGGCUACACUGAGCCCGGGUACACUCG